CCAUAACCAAACCAUGUUGUUGCCCGAAUGAGGCGAGUCUAAACCUGAACCCCUACCCACGUCAAUUAAUUACUUGUUUCGGCCCCUGUCCUCAAGUUUCCCCAACAUGACUACUCUUCGAGUAUAUUCCACUCAAUAUGGUAGUUAACGAGUUCUUCCCCAGCUUCAUCCAGCGCGUCAACUCGGCUGUUCCGCAGGGCUACACCACGCCUCCCUUCCCCUCGCUCUACUGGCCGCUGCCUGCUGGCGCACACCCAUCUUUCUACCUCUAUCGCCCAGACGACGUCCUGCGCUUCACAGUAUACUGGAGUCUGCUUCUUGUUGGCGGUAUACACCUGGUUGUAGCACUAUGGGCGUGCGGAGUACAAUGGCGCAACUGGAAACUCAUAUGGAUUACCGUGCCCUUCUUCACCGUUGUUGGGGGCAUUGAAGCGCUGAUUUCGGGCGCGAUUGUCGGUGGACUUAUUGGAGGCGUCUAUCAAGCUGGAUAUUUCGAAAUGUCUACCUGGAUACCCUUUGUAUGGGCCGUUAUCAACACGCUGGUACUCAUUCUGUCUUCCUUUGCUAUUUACGGUGGUCUCUGAUGCGCCGACGCGA